AGGGUUUUCGCAGCCGCUUCUUGAAACGAUCUCAUCUUUGCUUGCUGCAAAUUCCUCUUUGCUGUUAAUCUUUCUCCUCCUUCGACAAACAUGGGUAAGCCAAGGGGUAUGGGAGCUGCACGCAAGCUCAAAAAGAAUCGGACUAAGCAGAGGUGGGCAGACAAGGGUUACAAGAAGUCUCACCAAGGAAAUGAAUGGAAUAAGCCUUUUGCUACAUCUUCUCACGCAAAAGGAAUCGUCCUUGAAAAAACAGGAAUUGAGGCUAAGCAGCCUAACUCUGCUAUCCGUAAGUGUGCUAGAGUACAGCUUAUCAAGAAUGGAAAGAAGAUUGCUGCUUUUGUCCCCAACGAUGGUUGUUUGAACCACAUUGAGGAAAAUGACGAGGUCUUGGUUGCUGGAUUUGGUCGUAAGGGUCAUGCUGUGGGAGAUAUUCCCGGAGUUAGGUUCAAGGUCGUUAAGGUUUCUGGUGUUUCCCUCUCUGCUCUCUUCAGGGAAAAGAAGGAGAAGCCAAGGUCUUAAACAAAGGUUCUAGCUAAGUUUUUGAAGUUUGAUUUUGAUGGCAUGAAGCACUUUUCGUUUAUUCAGUUAAAAAAGAACUCUUGUGUUCUGUUCUACUUUACGAUUCAAUAACUUGA